UUCCCGUAUUUACAGCGUCGUCUGUUUCCGCCUGUCCGUCUUCGCGUGUUUGAUUGCUUCGACGCUUUGUAUCUGGCGCGAUUCUCGAUUGCUCGCACGUGUUUGCGCUCAACUAGGCUAAGACUGUGGUACAAACUGUUAAAUAAACGAACAUUAAAUUCACUGCCACAAGUGAUUUUCGUGACAAAGCCAAAAGAUGAGGGAAAUUUGGUCCGACGACGAGCCGGAAGAAAUGCCUAAUAUUAACCAAAGAAAAUUAUUAAAAUUGAAACGGUUACGAAAAAAGGUCAACUGGGAGGUGGGACAAGAACGACUCGACUUUCUCCGCCAACACAUUUAUCCACUGGUCAGCCAAUGGGAGGGCGAACUGCCAAAUUUCCGCGACGUUUUUUGGCCCGAAGAGAUCGACUGUCUCAUUUCGGAUUCCAUCAAGGAAGGUGACAAAAAUCAUAAUUGGAUGAGAAAUCGGUUCAUCAAUUUUAUGGUCCGGACGGGUUACAAAGACGAGCCGAAAAUCGAUUACAACGGCAAGCCGAUUGUGCGCCGAACCACGCCCCUGCAUCACCUCGCUAGAAGCGGUUACUCCAUCAAUCUGUUCAAGGAACUAUUCGAAAUAUACCACACGUUCACAGUUAACUACGUCGACGACACAGGUCUCACACACUUCCACGUGGCCUGCAUGUACGACGAUGUAGAGAUUAUCGAGCAAUUUCUGCUGAACGGACACGAUCCCAAUCGCGUCGUGCCGGAAACGGGGGAUACGCCGCUACAUUUGGCUUUGGAGUACAACAGUUGCUUGGCGGUAUAUGAAAAUCUGCUGCAUUACGGUGCCAAUCCGAAUUUGGCCAAUAAGGCCGGAUGGACACCUCUGAACAUUAUUAGCGACAACGACAUGAUGCCGAUGUUUAUCCAGUUGGAAGUGCUAUUUCGUCCGCCGUUAACGGUCAACGAGAAGGGCAAAUUGGGCCGGACCCCACUUGAAUGGGCCGUUAGGAAAGGUAUGCCGGAUGUAGUCAAUGUACUCACGGAAAAGGGUAUCGAUGUUCCGAGCUUCGUUUUUCCCGCCCGGGAAGACUUCUCUAAAUUUAUCCAGAAGUGUCGUAAAUGUUGGAAUUCGGGCAAAGUAAGACUAGCGUCUGGUCUUCUGUCCAUAGUCGAGAGCCUAGAGAGCAAGGGUUUUAGGCUGAAUCGAAGCACCUCUAUGAAGAUCAUGAAAUUAUUCGACGAGCAGGAACUGUUCGAGAAUUCGAGCAAUGUUGAAGAAUCUUGGUACAAAGAUGAAGGGUUUGCAGAAGAAGCGAAAAAAAUUAAGAUACGUUCGGAUCUGUCGCUUUACGAUCUGACCCGUUUACGACCAAAAGAGGCUUCCAAAAAACUCAAGUACAUAGACUACUACCAUUUUGUAAGCCCGAAAAAUGUUAAAAAGUUGUCCGAAACUUACAGAAAAGCUUGUUUCGAGCAUCUGGUUGAGAAACUAUCGAGACAAUUUUUCCAAGUUUGGGCAUUGAGUCCUUUGAUGGAGCUGAUUCACUUCGCGCUCUCAUUUGAGUGCUGUGAAUUGAUUGUUGAUGGGCUAAUGAACAGAGAUUUAUAUAAUAUUUGCUUGGCGGCAAAUAGUCAAAACGCGUUUUGAUACCAAGCUUAUAGGGUGUUUUCAGAUUGUCACGAAAUGGUUACUUUACCGAACAACUUAUUUGCAUGGA